UCCAACAACUUGUUACUUUCAGUUGUCUCUGAACAACUGCUCAUAGCGCCAUCUUGAAAUUAAAAUCGUAUAAUAUUGUUAAGCAAAACAUUACAUUACGCAUAAAAACAGAUAAAUUUAUUUUAUUCUGCAUUAGACUGUUACACUUUAUAAAUUUUAUCAAUGUUUCAUUAAAAUUUAAAUUUAGAAAACAAACUGUGCAACAAAAAGUGUUUUAUGUACGAAGUUUGAAAGAGUACAAUGUAAGUGCAAUCAUAUUAUUAAGUAAAUUUUGCUACUUCAAUAUCUAAAUUUAAAAAAAAAAAAAAAAUAGAGAAAUGAAAAUCUUUUUGAAUUUGCCUGACUCAUGAUGCAAAUGAAUUGUUAAAAUGUUAACAUUGCAUAAAGAGACUAUUGAAGACGCAAGCCUCAAAAUAUCUCGCAUCUAACCAAAUCUCUUUGUUCCGGUGGUUAUUGUUUGACACUGGCGUUACGGAUAAGACACCAAUGAAUUUCGGUAAACGAGCGGGAAAACAAAUCGGAGAACUUUUCUGCUUCACUGAGCCCGUUUAUUCUGUGAUUUAUAUCUUCACUAUAUAGAAGUAAAAUAUAGUAUCAUUUGAAAUAAAUGCGACAUCGCACGUGUUGCUAAGUGAACAAAAUUUUGCCCGUAGAAAAAUGUGCAGUGACAGCAGCGGACGGGUUGAUGAACAGUCUGUCGCUCUAUGUCCCAGGUUACGACGAGACAAGUCGAGUUCUUCGUAGGACCCUGAUGCGUUAUUUGAACGUGGCAUUAGUCUUGGUACUGCGCUCCAUUAGCAUGGCAGUCAAAAGACGAUUCCCAACACGGGAUCACCUCGUUGAAGCUGGCUUCAUGACAAAAUUAGAGUUGGAGAUGCUGAACUCCGUUCCCUCGACCGAGUUCAACACUUUCUGGAUUCCUUGUACGUGGUUCGUCAAUCUACUUCGGGAGGCUAAGCAAGAAUGCCGCAUCACAGAUUCCAACGGGCUCAAACUCAUUAUGGAGGAAUUUAAUGAAUUCCGGUCGAAAUGUGGAAUGCUGUGGAGCUAUGACUGGAUCAGCAUUCCUUUGGUAUACACUCAGGUUGUAACACUAGCUACUUAUGCAUUCUUUGGGGCCUGUAUUUUUGGCCGACAGUACGUUGAGUCACCAGACAAUCCGAAUCAUAAUUUUGAGCUCUACAUUCCUAUUUUCACCAUUUUCCAGCUCUUUUUUUAUAUGGGAUUACUAAAGGUAGCAGAGCAGUUAAUUAACCCCUUUGGAGAUGAUGAUGAAGACUUCGAGCUCAACUGGAUCAUCGACAGACACAUGAAAGUGUCUUAUUUGGGUGUUGAUGUCUUAAACACGCAGCCUCCACCACUAGUGAGGGACAACUACUUCUAUACAAUGGACAUGAAAUUGCCUUACACGCAGGCAUCUGUAGGAUACAAGAAGAAGACGUACCGGGGCUCCGUGGCAAAGAUGCAAAUCCCUCAAGAAAAACAGACCCUGUUAGUUCCAGAAUUCAGCGAAGAGGAUGAUGAAGACAAAAUUGCUGCCGCUUAUGGUGGUCGUGGCGCUUCUCUGUGGACCCUGGUUGGUGGACAACUCAACGCGCCCUUCAGUGUGUCCAGGGCAGAUCUUGAUGCUGUGAGUUUGGAGAGUGGGAGUUGGAAAGUGUCCAAUCCUUCUCUGUUCGUGCCGUUCAGCGAAGGUGGUAUAUCGAAACAACCUCCUGGCUCAAGCUCAGUCGGGCCUAAUCAACUUCUUCAGAUUCCUGAAGAAACUAAUCCAGAAUCUGACCAAAUGGGCUUGAAUUCCACACAAGUUUUGCCUCCUACUAGACGAAGAUUAUCCAUGGAUGUUACGAAGCAAAACAUCAGGAAAGCUGUCAAGAAAGUUGUAAAGAAGCCCCAACACAAACGAAAACCUCACCCCCAGAAUAGGUGGGUGGCAUUUCAUUCCACGACGUCAGGAGAAGAUGAAGUGCUGUCCCUUUUUAAGGGAGGAGAUCAAACUGCCAAUAGUAGCAGACGAGAAUCUUUUGACAUGCGAGAAAGAGCCCCGUCCUUUAAAGCAUUCCAAAGUCUGCCAGAUGUCAAGAAGUUUGGCAUGGAAAGAGGCGCGUUUUUGGAAGAAUGGGAAGAAGAAGACGGCGUACCUCCUGAAACUCAGGACAAUUUAAGUACAGCAAAUCUUCUCGUCCUCUAUGAAGGCGAAGAUGGAGCAGAAGCGCCUCCAGAGUUUACCUUCACGAGGGCAUCGAUGUCUCCUUGUCCCUCGAGCCAAGGAUCGAAUGAUGUUCCUGUCAGAAGGGCAGAUGGCAGACGAUUGAGUGUGGCAUCUAUAUUUGAGGAACAAGAUGAUACGGAGGCAGAUCGUGGUGAAACGACCUCAGACAAGAAAUAAGUGUGAAGUAGAAGCUCUAAAGUUUCAGAACAUGAUUCUAUGGAGAAAGCACAAAUUGUUGCACAGGAUAAUAACGUAUCUAAAGAUAUGAAUGCAUGCUAAAAGUACUAACUUGUAAAACAUGGUUCUGUACACUGUUUAAAAAAACCCUGAAAUUUUACGGUAAAAUAAUAUUUUUCUGUAAAAUUUUAUUUUAGAAUAAACGAGAAUUAAAAAUGUGAGCAGCAGAGGUUCGAUCUCUGGACCUAUUGGCAGGCGGCUUUGCUGCCCACCAUAGGAGUUGGACACAUCGAGUGAGGGGAAAUAAGGUGUUAUCUACUUCGCACUGUAAUUCACGUCGUGUAUCAAUUGGCGCUGAAAUCGUUUAUUUUUUUCGGUACAAUUCACUGUAAUUUUUUCAGUUCUGUAAACACUCCAUUUACCAGUAAUAUUUACCGUGAGAGUUUCCUGAUUUUUUUACAGUGUAGCAUAAUUUUUGCUCCAUUCAUGAACUUAAAAAAAGUUGUAACAUAUGCAAAAGAAUGAAAAAGAAUUGUUUGUGUCUCAAAACUGUGCCCAGUAAGUAUUUGUGUCCACCGAACAGCUCUUGAAUAGAAUAAAUUAUGAUUGCCAAAUUGUCCAUUGAAAAAGAUUGCAUUACCAUCAGAUACGAAUGUCCUAAAACCAAUUUCUCAUUUACUACUAGAAAUCCUUGAUGUAUGUUUACCACCUGAAGAAAUGACUCACUAAGACAAUUUUAAAUUUUGUUAGUUGUAAAGUGAAUUGAGGAGUACAACAAGUUUCUAGUGAAUUAUGAUAUGAAUAAACUAAUUGAAAAUAUUUACAUUUAUAACAGAAGAUUUUGACGAUGUUCCACGUCUUUAAUUUAAUAAAUUCAAUAUGUUUUAAUCCUGUAAA